AUGUCUGCAAAGAAAUUAGGAACACUUGUAGUUAUAGCUGUAAGAGCUAGAAAUUUAAUAUCUCGUGAAGUAUUUGGUAAAGGAAAUCCUUAUGCAACAUUUCGUAUAGGAGAUAAAGAAGAAAAAAUACCACCACAUAAAAAAGGAGGGCAGCGUCCAGAAUGGGAUAAAGAAGUUCGUUUUGAGCUUUUCGAUGUUUCACACCACAAAAAGAUGAUAGUUAAAGUUUUUAGUGAUAAACUUAUUGGAGACACAACUAUUGAUCUAGAUAAAGUCCUCACUAAUGGUGAAUGGGAUGUGGCAUGA